AUGUCAUAUUUUCCUGAUACGAAUAACGAUGGGAACUACACCGGCUUCUCCAGGAAUCUACACUUGCAACAUGACCAAGAACCACCGGCAAAUGAGGUAGUGCCUAUUCGAAGACAGCUCUCCAUCUCCGAGUCGAUGCACAUCCUCGUGGGUACGGGACGUAAAUUAUCAGAUCUUCCGAGUCCACUUUCACCAGAACUGAAACUACCUCAAUUAAGCCCAGACACGACAGAAAGAGUCUUCCCCAUUCGCUCUGUGGUCUCCCUCGAUUCACCUGCGUCUUCCUCGGCCCCACAGUCUCCCUCAGCAGAGAGAGCAGCAAGUGGUCUGGGAGGAGAAUACUGGGGUUGUCAGUUGACCGAUAGCAAAGUAUGGAGCAAGAUUCCCGCGCCAUUAGGAGGCGCAAAUCCCAUGUGCUUGCCUGAAGGGCUCGACAUAACGAUGCAGCAAGCAGGACGGACGGAAAAUCCAGAGAAUGAACGGACAGUGUUUCGAAGGAGGAUGUCAAAAUAUGGCCUCAAGUUGUCCGGCAUUACGCCGGUUGGGCCCCCCAGCGAGCAAGGAUCGACUGGUACAACGAGCCCCGGGGACACCUUGGAUCAACCGACAUAUACGCAAACUCUGCUGGCAGUCUCUGGAAGCAAAGAAGUCCAAGCCUUUGGAGCAUUGGUCGUGCUGCGCGAAUCGGCAGGCAAGGCACACGUCCGAAUCGUGAGCAAGAACUCGGAAGAGAUACUAGCAUACGCCCCCGGAGAGCUGUUCCGUCUCGGCUCUUGGUGUGACAUUCUACAGGAACAGCAAAGAGUCGAUUUCCUGGAGCACUUGAGACAUGUCAGAGACGAUCGCCAUGACAUUGAGCAAACCGGACCCGAUAUCCUACACAUAACUAUAGUAGCACCGGAUGGGACUGCGAAAGACUUUUGGUGCACAAUGCAUGCUACAGAUGAGGACAUAAUAUGCGAACUCGAGCCCCUGAAAAACGAGCCCAAAAACGACAAGGCUAUGGGGAGAGACUCAGAUGGCCAAGAAACCGCCGCGACAGCGACGCUGAGCAGAUUCCAGCAGUACCAGACACAGAUUGCAUGUACCACAGAGGCGUUCAACUCAAUGUCACGAAUCGUACAGAUGACCGCCGCUACACGCAGUGUAAACGAGUUAGUCGAUCGUGCUGCCGACCUUGUGAGACACAUUACCGGCUUCGAUCGGGUUGUUGUCCAUCAAUUUGACGAAGACUGGAAUAACGUCGCCGUGGCCGAGUCGAUGGAGCCCGGCGUCGGGCAGGAUAUAGGCUCCUACAAAGGCGUGCAUUUUCUCUCGUCGGCGGCUUUUUCAGAACAGAUGCAAGAUCUAUAUUCCAGAAACAAAGUGCACUUUUCGUAUAGUCAGAACAGCUCGGGGGUCAGCCUGGCAUACCGGACACCUGAAGAUCAGAACGUACCGUUGGACAUGACCUACUCCUCUCUGUGGACAGCGUCUCCAGCUGUGAGAUAUCCGGUUGAAAUGCCGGUUCACCACACGAUGUCCAUCAGUAUUACCGUAUUCGGAAAGCUAUGGGGACUGAUAUUCUGCCAGUCUCAUGAUGAACAUACAAGAAUUCCGCCCUUGAUGCGGAAAAUCUGCUGGUUUGUCAGUGAUACAGUGUCAAGAAAUCUUGAACGACUAGCAUGUACGUCGUCCUUGCAAAUGCAGAGUCUGACGAGCAAUUGCACCGCAGACGGCACGCGGAAUCCUGCAUCUCCAUAUAGAGACAUCCUCGGUCUCUUUGGGGCUAACUAUGCUGCUUCUUCAAUCUCCGGGGAAACCCAGAUUCUGGGGAAACCGUCAGAUAUACAGGAGGUCCUGGCCUUGGUAGAAUACUUGAGACUGAGGCAGGAUUCGACGGUUCUAUGGUCAAUAGACAUAGGCAGGGACUUUCCAGAGCUCAACUACCCACCCGGCUUCAAAUGUAUAUCCGGUCUGCUCUACAUACCCUUGCCCUCGGCCGAUGGAGAUUUUAUUGUUUUCUUCAGAAACUGUCAGUGGAAGGAAGUUUCUUGGGCUGUGGCUUCUUCCAACGCAACCCACAGAAUGGAGGAGGGCAGACCAGAACUAGCGGUGCAGAAAGAAGCCAUGAUGUGCAGACCGGAUGGAUGGUCAGCAACAGACCUGCAAAAUGCCUCGAUCCUGUCUCUCGUGUACAAGUCGUUUACGGAGAUAUGGCAGCAAAGAGAAGCAGCCAUGCAAGGGACCCAGCUCAUGAAAUUGCUCCUUGCGAACUGUGCCCAUGAAUUCCGGACACCGUUGAACGCGAUUAUCAACUACUUGGAAAUCGCACUGGACGCGUCAUUGAGCCAGGAAACUCGGGAAAACCUCUCCAGGUCACAUUCGGCGUCGAAAUCACUCGUCUAUAUAAUCAAUGAUCUGCUAGAUCUCACCAACGCAGAAAACGGGCAGGACCUGAUCAAAGAUGAAGUCUUCGAUCUUUCGGAGACGAUACGAGAAGCGACGGAGAUCUUUGGCGAAGAAGCCAAACAGAAGUACAUCGACCUUCUCAUCGUCCAACAUUCAAAACUCCCUCCGGUCCUGGGGGACCAACGACGCGUACGCCAGGUGAUCAUGAAUCUGAUCAGCAAUGGCGUACAACACACGUCGUCCGGAGCGGUUACGGUCGAGUCCUCCAUCUUGUCUGAGCAAGAUGACAGGGAACAUAUCGUCGUGGAAGUGGCGAUUCACGACACUGGGUCCGGAAUGUCACCGGAGACAGUCGAAGCACUCUUCUGCGAACUGGAACAGGUCUCCAAUAAGGACUACCUCCAGAGCUCUCAUCUACCGCGUAGUGAUACGGCAAGCGGGACAGAAUCUAAGAAUAUUCUUGGUCUGGGGCUGGCACUGGUCGCUCGCAUUGUCCGCAACAUGAAUGGACAGCUUAGUGUGAAAUCGGAAGAAGGCAAGGGCAGCUGCUUUAAGAUCAGGCUCAGAUUUCCGUUGCCAACGGAUGGGAUACACAGCCCGUCUACUCAGGAUUCCAGUCUUCCUGAAGUGAUCUCCAUUUCAGACGCCAUGCCUGGCGGGACCGAUGAGGCAAAGGGCCAUGUAAAUAUGUGCGAGGAUACGGGUAAACCGAAUGAUACAACGCAGCCGAUAUUUCAAGAUGGACAGGGCGGUUUUACUUCCACUGUCACUGCGGAUACGAAAAGAAUCACAUUGGACACAACGCCUCAGCCUGAUGGGUUGGGAACAGAUGAAUCAUGGGGAAGACUGCCUCCCGCAUCGCGGACACAACAGGAGGACUCCAGGGAGACGAAGCUAGAAGUACACGGACAGCAAACCAAACCAGCGAGGGAAGAGUCUAAGCCCGAAACCAGCACCAGCCUGCAUGUUCUCGUUGCCGAGGAUGACCCGAUAAACAGCAAAAUCCUGCGAAAACGACUCGAGAAGUUUGGGCACACGGUCUACAUGACAGGGAAUGGCAAAGAAUGCGCAUCUGUAUACCAGAAGGAUCCCGGGUCUUUUGAUGCCGUUUUAAUGGAUAUCCAGAUGCCCAUAGUCGACGGUGUAGGCUCGACAAAACUCAUCCGUGACUCGGAACAAUCCACUUCCUCGAAUAACAGCAGCAGCAUCAAGGGUGAACAAAAACAGAUCAUCGUCGGGAAUGAUUCGGGCAGAAACAACCCAAGUCAAAACCGCAUCCCCAUCUUCGCCGUCUCAGCCUCACUAAUGGAGAAAGACCGUCAGUCGUACAUCGAUUCCGGGUUCGACGGGUGGAUCAUGAAACCCAUCGAUUUCCAUCGAGUGAAUUAUCUGUUGAACAGCGUUUCGGAAGAUGAAAUGAGGAAUAGCAGUGUUUAUGAGCCGGGGAUGUGGGAGAAGGGGGGUUGGUUUGAGAGGAAGCCUACGUAG